AGUUGUUUAAACACCUCCAAACAGGGGGGGCGAAAUCGUGAAAUUAUAUUGCAAUUGGCUUUGAGACAGGGCAUGCACCACCGAAGAAGAACACCCGGAAGUAAAGUAUUGUUAAGAAAUCUGAUGGCGCGAUUCUUCAAAAACGUCAACAGACUUUGAUACAUCAAGAUUAAUCUUCUAAAACGAGUGACAAUUGUAUCGAAAAUGCCCUUGUCUACUCAGUCUCAGACUGAAGGUGACAACUACGUCCUUGUAGCUAGUCUGGACAAUGUCCGGAAUCUGUCCAACAUCUUGAAAGCUAUCACCUUCAAAGAUCAUGCAAUUUUCAAUGCCACACCAAACGGGUUGAAAGUCACUGUGGAGGACUCUAAAUGUCUGCAAGCCAAUGCCUUCAUUCAGGCUGAGAUCUUCCAGGAGUUUACCAUCAGAGAGGACUCAGUGGGGUUUCAGGUCAAUCUGACUGUUCUUCUGGACUGUCUCACCAUCUUCGGGGGAAGCACAGUACCAGGAGUGGCAACUGCCUUGCGGAUGUGCUACAACGGAUAUGGCUACCCCCUGACCCUGUUCCUAGAGGAGGGUGGUGUGGUGACUGUGUGUAAGAUCAACACCCAGGAGCCAGAGGAGCCCAUAGACUUUGAGUUCUGCAGCACCAAUGUGACUAAUAAAGUCAUCCUGCAGUCAGAGAGUCUGAAGGAGGCCUUCUCUGAGCUGGACAUGACCAGUGAGGUCCUGCAGAUCACCAUGUCUCCCAGUCAGCCAUACUUUAGGUUGUCUACCUUUGGGAAUUCUGGGAAUGCCCAUUAUGAUUACCCAAAAGAUUCUGACAUGAUGGAGCUGUUUCAGUGCACAAAGACUCAGACUAACAGGUACAAGAUGUCUCUCCUGAAGCCGUCCACCAAGGCCCUGGCUCUAUCCUGUAAGGUCUCGGUGAGGACAGACAGCAGAGGGUUCCUGUCUUUGCAGUACUUGGUCAGGAAUGAUGAUGGACAGAUCUGCUUCGUUGAAUACUACUGCUGUCCGGAUGAGGAAGUGGAAGAGGAGUAGGGAGAAUAGGAAUAUUGUUGUACAAGAAUACGACGCUCAAAUGUUUUAGAUGUUAUUCUAAAGCAAAACUGACCUUUUUUUUCCACUUGGCCCCGUUAUUUGGAUUAUAUUCCUUGACUGUGUUAUUUGGAUUGUAUUCUUUGACUGUGUUAUUUGUAAAUAGUGUUGGCUCUGGUACAUUUUAAAAUGAAAAUUAUUAAUUGCUAA